GUGCUCGCGCCCGCCUCCGCCCGCGCCGCGGCCGCCGGGGCUCCAGCUGCGGGCACGUGCGCCGCCGGGCCGAGCGGACGGAGCGGCGCGCCCUUGCGAGGCCAUGGAGGGCGCAGCGCUGCGGAGGGGCGCGCACAGGUGCGGGGCGACGUCCGCCCCGGGCGGGGAGAGCCGCGCGGGGAAGCAGCGCCGCUGAGCCGCGGAGGAGGCGGGAGGACCGCGCCGGGCCAGAGCCGGAGCGACCCGCCGGCCAUGGAGGCCGAAGAGACGAUGGAAUGCCUUCAGGAGUUUCCUGAGCAUCACAAAAUGAUCCUGGACCGAUUGAAUGAACAGCGGGAGCAGGACCGGUUUACGGACAUCACGCUGAUUGUCGAUGGUCACCAUUUUAAGGCCCACAAGGCUGUUUUGGCUGCUUGCAGUAAGUUCUUCUACAAAUUCUUUCAGGAAUUUACUCAGGAACCUUUGGUGGAAAUAGAAGGUGUUAGUAAAAUGGCUUUUAGUCACUUAAUCGAGUUCACAUAUACAGCAAAGUUAAUGAUCCAAGGAGAAGAAGAAGCCAACGAUGUGUGGAAAGCAGCAGAGUUCCUACAAAUGCUGGAAGCUAUCAAAGCUCUGGAAGUCAGGAACAAAGAGAACUCCGCUCCACUAGAGGACAGCAGCACAGGAAAAAAUGAGGCCAAGAAAAGGAAGAUCGCAGAAACUUCUAAUGUUAUCACUGAGUCGUUGCCAUCCGUGGAAUCAGAACCGGUUGAAAUUGAGGUGGAGAUUGCCGAAGGCACGAUCGAGGUGGAAGACGAGGGCAUGGAGACAUUGGAGGACGUGGCUUCUGCCAAGCAGUCCAUCAAGUACAUUCAGAGCACAGGGUCCUCCGACGACUCGGCGCUGGCACUGUUGGCAGACAUUACCAGCAAGUACCGUCAAGGUGAUAGGAAAGGGCAGCUUAACGAAGAAGGCUGUGCAUCUGACCUCACAAGCAAACAGGUAGAAGGUAUUGAAAUUGUGGAACUUCAGCUGUCACAUGUGAAGGACUUGUUCCAUUGUGAGAAAUGUAACCGUUCAUUUAAAUUGUUUUACCAUUUUAAGGAGCACAUGAAAUCACACUCCACUGAGAGUUUCAAGUGUGAAAUAUGCAAUAAAAGGUAUCUGCGGGAGAGCGCGUGGAAACAGCACCUCAAUUGUUACCACCUUGAGGAAGGUGGGGUCAGUAAGAAGCAAAGAACUGGGAAAAAAAUUCACAUAUGUCAGUACUGUGAGAAACAGUUUGACCACUUUGGACAUUUUAAAGAGCAUCUUCGAAAACAUACAGGUGAAAAACCUUUCGAAUGUCCAAACUGUCAUGAACGCUUUGCUAGAAAUAGCACCCUCAAAUGUCACCUGACCGCGUGCCAAACUGGAGUGGGGGCAAAAAAGGGAAGAAAGAAGCUUUACGAGUGUCAGGUCUGUAACAGUGUGUUUAACAGCUGGGACCAGUUCAAAGAUCACUUGGUAAUACACACUGGAGAUAAGCCCAACCAUUGUACUUUAUGUGACUUGUGGUUCAUGCAAGGAAAUGAAUUAAGACGGCAUCUCAGCGAUACUCACAACAUCACGGAGCGUCUGGUAACCGAGGAAGUUCUUUCCGUGGAAACGCGAGUGCAGACAGAGCCGGUGACGUCCAUGACGAUCAUCGAACAGGUGGGGAAGGUGCACGUGCUGCCGCUGCUGCAGGUCCAGGUGGACUCCGCCCAGGUGACCGUGGAGCAGGUCCACCCGGAUCUGCUCCAGGACGGCCAGGUGCCCGACUCCCACAUGACCGAGCUGCCGGAGCAGGUGCAGGUGAGCUACCUGGAAGUGGGUCGGAUUCAGACGGAAGAAGGAACUGAAGUCCACGUGGAGGAGCUGCAUGUGGAGCGGCUCAGCCAGGUGCCCCUGGAGGUCCACACUGAGCUGCUCCAGGCGGGCUUGGAUCAGGUGUCCCCUGACAUCAUGAAGCCGGAAGAGCGGGAGCCCAGCCAGGAAGAUGAAGCCGAGGCGGCCGCGGAAGACCAGGGCGAUGCCGAGGAUUCAGAGACCAAACCAACAGAGGAAGAUUCCCCCGCGGAAAGCGCAGGCACAGAACAGAAUGCCGAGGCCAGUUUUAGGAUGAAAUAACGAACGUAUUUUUAAACGUACGUGUUGGGCUUUUGAACUGAUGAUGUGGGUGGGGCAGUGUGACUGUCCUUGAGCUGACAGACAAGCGGACCAAAGUUCAACUCUUCCUUGUUGUGCUCAACUGUCUCUAUUGAAACGAACAGAUUUCCCUCCCACGUAAUGCCCAGAGGAGGGACGUUGCCCAUGGCGGAUGGGAAGUUUUGGGAAGUAUAUUUCUGGAAACUUUAAAUGGAUUAUAUUCUUAUACAUAGUUGGGUACGAACGUAUCUAUUUUCAUUGUGGCGAGGGCCCUCCCUUCUCUUUCCCAGGUUGUGUUCUUCCUCGUAGAGUCAAACAGAAUCAUUGGAAUACAAGUGGGUAUUCUAAUGCAUGCUAGAAAAACGAAUCCAUAGGAAACGGGCCGCAUGAAGAAAAGUGCGUUGUUACUGUGCAGUUACGUCGUGGCUUCUGGCUUCCUUUAGUUUGAGCGCGUUCUUGUCUACCCGAUAGUCCCAUCUCUGCAACAGAAAUGUCCAGAAUGUAAAAAAGAUCAACACCCACGUGCCUUUCAAAACCAACCGAACUUCUCUAAAGCACCUCUGGUUCUCUCAGAGUUUGUGUUGUGAGGAGCGAUGUAGAUGAUGCUCUGUAGGACUUUAUCUUUUUGUUUCUAGUGACAACUACCGGUUCUUUUUCACGGAAGUUAGGUUGAGAAAUUUCAUUUAAUGGCAGCUGAAGGGCCAAUUUCAAUUGGGAAAAUUCAUUUAUAUCUGGUACCCUUUUUUUUUUUGAAGAAAAAUUGCACUAGUAUUUUACCACCAGAUUAAAAAAGAUGAGCAUCAUUUAAAAAUUAAUGUAUUUAAAAUAAAGUACAGAGGAAAACAUGUAUAUAAUAUAUCAGGCUUUGUUUUGAAUGAAUCUUUCCCCCGAUCCUUAAUGUAAAGAUCUUGUGCUAUAACUUUUAAAGCCAUACAAAUAAGAGUGCUAAACUGUGGACUUCAAAGUAGGUGUGUAAAUAUUUUUAAUCAGUAUUACUUGGAAAAUAAAAUAUAACAACCACAUAAACCAAUAUGCUAUUUUCUUUACCUGUUAAAUAUUGGGAGAUAUUUACAUUUUUAAAGUAAACUUUAAAAUUAAGUGUU